AACAACUUGGGCGCGGCCGGAUUCGUAUAGGUUAGCAGCACACAGUAGCAAGCUCGCGAUCUGUGCGCCCACCAUCACCACCACCGCCGGGAGGAGAGGACCGACCGACCGACCGAAGAUGCGGAUGAGCUGCAACGGCUGCCGCGUCCUGCGCAAGGGCUGCAGCGACGCCUGCACCAUCCGCCCCUGCCUGCAGUGGAUCGACAGCCCCGAGGCGCAGGCAAACGCCACCGUCUUCCUCGCCAAGUUCUACGGCCGCGCGGGGCUGCUCAACCUGCUGGCCGCCGCGCCCGACGACGCCGCCCGCCCGGCCGUCUUCCGCUCCCUGCUCUACGAGGCGUGCGGCCGCAUCGUCAACCCCGUCUACGGCUCCGUCGGCCUGCUCUGGUCGCGCCGGUGGCAGAGCUGCGUCGACGCCGUCGAGGCCGUGCUCAAGGGCGACCCCGUCGUGCAGGUCGACGCCGGCUCCGAGGCCGCCGCCGCCCCGGCGCCGCUGCUCGGCGCCAGCAGGCCAGCCGCGCCGCCGGCCGCCUACGAUAUCCGCCACGUCGCCAGGGAUCCCGACGCCGUCGCCGCCGCCGACCUCCUCCGCGUCGCGCGCGGCGGCGGCCGCAGGAGGUUCAAGCGCGCCGGCUCGUCUUCCAACGCCUGCAAGGCGAAACCCCUCAAGGGAAAGGCUAGCAGCAACGAGCGCGCGUCGCCCAGCCCUACUCAGAGGCAGCAUCAGCAGGAGACGGAGGAGCUGGAGCUGGAACCGGUGCCGAUGGUCGUCGAGCUUGAGCACGGCGAGGAGUCCGCCGGCAGCCACGACCACCACCACCACCUGCAGCCGCAGGGGUCGGAGGAGGACACCGACGUGGAGGCCGCCUCCCACGUGAGCCAGGCCGAGGCCGAGCCGCCGGUCAGCAGCCAGAGCCAGGCGCUGGUGGCGGACCAGGAGGGUGAGGAGGUCAGGCUGGAACUCACGCUCGGCUUCGAGCCAGUCGUCAGGCAGCAGCCGAGGCUGUCGUGCUGCGACUCGAGCGGCUUGAGCGCCGCGUCGAGCCUCAUCGGCCUGCGGCUGCAGCUGCCAGCCGCCUGAGCAGAGGAGGUCAUCUCAUUUCACAAGGCACAGUGGCACACCAAGUGCAGUUUUGCAACCAUUGCGGUGUUUGCUUAAAGAAAAGGUUUUGGACGCCGAGCAGCCGACUAUUUCCUAGGUUUUGUUUUUUUCAUUUUCUUUUCUUGGCUGUAAUUGUAAAGGCUGAUGAACUGCACAGUUUUAGCGUCGUCAUAAUAGGAGUUUUGCAAUUCCAUAUGAGAUUAUAAGCUAUUAAAAAAUUUGAUGAUA